ACGACAGCAAAGACCUUAAUGAGGAUCACACAACAAUAAUGAAUGGAAACACGUUGUAGCCAAGAAAGUUGAGCAGCAACUAAAAGUAACUGUUCCUCGGCAUCUGAGUGUCUCUUGAAGAGGGGAAAUCUGUUCCAAGUAAUGGAUUGGCUCGGCACACUAGAAGCGUCUUUCUGGAAGAGAAAGCAGCUGUACCUUUGUUACUUUUGAGAGUAAGUUGUUGAAGGGACGCCACAGUGGAGUUCACUGUGAACUGAAAUGCGUGAUAAAGUCUAAAUGUCCUUUUGGGACAGUAGUAGCCUACGAGACUACUGCAUUGUCAGCUUUUUAUCUCUGCUUCGAGAAGUGGAUUAAUAUGUUAGUGAAAUCGUUGGAAUACUUGGGAGUUUUUAUUUUCACUUGGAUUAUCAUCACUGAAAGAAUCUGAGGGAUUGUAAGGUUUCAAGUUGACAAGAGGAAGCGGUGCUGCUGGGGGAAAAUGGGGAAUCUAGAAAGUGUGGACGGCCAGUCCGAGAUGAAGCAUCACAUCAUGCCUCUGAAGGUGCCCAUGCCUGACCCCACCGAGCUUGAGGAGAAAUUUGCCAUUGUUUUGAAUUCUAUGAACCUGCCUCCAGACAAAGCCCGGCUCCUCAGACAGUAUGACAAUGAGAAGAAAUGGGACCUGAUCUGCGACCAGGAGAGGUUCCAGGUGAAAAAUCCGCCCCAUACUUACAUCCAGAAGCUGCGAGGAUACUUGGAACCAGGAGUCACACGAAAGAAAUUUCGCAGGCGGGUGCAGGAAUCUACAAAGGUCUUGAGAGAGCUGGAGAUAUCACUGAGGACAAACCACAUUGGGUGGGUGAGGGAGUUCCUCAAUGAUGAGAACAGAGGUCUUGAUGUCCUGGUGGAGUACCUGUCCUUUGCCCAGUGUGCUGUUAUGUUGGAUUUUGAAGGGAUGGAGAAUGGGGAGGAUGGCACCUUGGACAAGGCUAAAUCUUGGAGCAGGUCUAUAGAGGAUCUGCACCAUACGAGCACCCAACCCUUCUGCAAUACGCUGGUGCGCUCUGCCCGCCAAUCUGUCCUCCGGUAUGGCACAGCCUCGAAUAGCAAAACCAUCAAGAACUCCCGCCUCGUCAGCCAAAAAGAUGAUGUGCAUGUGUGCAUCAUGUGCUUGAGAGCAAUCAUGAACUACCAGUAUGGCUUCAAUAUGGUGAUGUCUCAUGCACACGCUGUUAAUGAAAUCGCUCUCAGCUUGAACAAUAAGAACUCACGGACGAAAGCUUUGGUCCUUGAGCUGCUGGCUGCCGUCUGUCUCGUCCGAGGAGGUCACGAGAUCAUCCUUUCAGCAUUUGACAACUUCAAAGAGGUUUGUAAGGAAAAGCAUCGCUUUGAGAGACUGAUGGAUUAUUUCCGCAGUGAGGAAGGAAAUAUUGACUUCAUGGUUGCUUGCAUGCAAUUCAUCAAUAUUGUGGUCCACUCAGUGGAGGACAUGAACUUUAGAGUCCAUCUGCAGUAUGAAUUCACCAAACUGGGACUGGAUGACUACCUUGAGAAAUGUAAAUAUACAGAGAGUGACAAGCUGUCGGUGCAGAUCCAGGCCUACCUGGAUAACGUAUUUGACGUGGGUGGUCUGCUGGAAGAUGCAGAGACUAAGAAUGCAGCGCUAGAGAAGGUGGAGGAACUAGAGGAGCACCUGUCCCAUGUGACUGAGAAGCUACUGGAGGUUGAGAAUGAAACAAUGAUGAAAGUAGCUGAUCUGGAGAAGCUUCUUCUUCAGAAAGACAAGGACCUGCAAGCAAUACGGGAGACAUACGAGUCGACCAACACUCAGGUCAACACCCUGAGGAGGAUGAUCAAGGAGAAGGAUGCCGCCUUCCAGAGGCACUUCAGCAUCGAGAAACGGCUGCUGGAGCUCGAACAGCAGGGCACAAUCCGUUUGCACAAGAAGCCUGACGGCGACAUCGCAAUCGAGCCACUUGGUGUUGGGAGCAGUGGCCACGACUAUAUUGUUCUGGUGUUCCCGUACAUUAUUUAUGUUGUAAUAUUGUCUUCUGCAUUAAUUACAGGUCCAAGUGUACCAAUCCCACCACCACCUCCUCUUGCUCCACCUCUGCCAGACGCUUCUCCCUCAGUUAUCCUGAGUUUGGGUCUGUCAGCUAUCAGAAUCAAGAAGCCCAUCAAGACUAAGUUCCGCUUGCCUGUGUUUAACUGGACGGCCUUGAAGCCCAAUCAGAUCAAUGGCACCGUCUUCAAUGAGAUUGAUGAUGAACGUGUACUAGAGGAGCUGGAUCUGGAAAGGUUUGAGGAGCUCUUUAAGACCAGAGCUCAGGGUCCGGUUGUGGAUCUUGCCUGCACAAAGAGCAAAGUAGCCCAGAAGGCAGUAAACAAAGUCACCCUUCUGGAUGCCAAUCGGUCCAAGAACUUAGCCAUCACGCUGCGAAAGGCUAACAAGACGACGGAAGAGAUCUGCAAAGCAAUAGAGAAGUUUGACCUCAAGGCCUUACCUGUUGACUUUGUGGAGUGUCUAAUGCGUUUCCUGCCCACGGAGGCGGAGGUCAAGGUGCUGCGUCAGUACGAGCGCGAGCGACGUCCACUGGAUCAGCUAGCGGAGGAGGAUCGUUUCAUGUUAUUAUUCAGCAAGAUUGAGAGACUCACACAGAGAAUGAACAUCAUCACCUUUGUUGGGAACUUUGCUGACAGUAUCAGUAUGCUCACACCACAGCUCAAUGCAGUCAUCGCUGCUUCUGGCUCGGUCAAGUCCUCACCAAAGUUGAAGAGGGUGCUUGAGAUCAUCUUAGCCUUGGGAAACUACAUGAACAGCAGCAAGCGAGGCUGUGUUUAUGGCUUCAAAUUACAAAGUCUGGAUCUGCUGCUGGACACUAAGUCUACAGACAGAAAAAUGACAUUGCUCCACUACAUAGCUCUGAUUGUGAAAGAGAAGUUCCCUGAGCUGGCCAACUUCUACAAUGAACUGCACUUUGUGGAUAAAGCUGCAGCGGUAUCUCUGGAAAAUGUGCUGCUGGAUGUUCGAGAGCUGGGGAAAGGCAUGGACCUGAUCCGGAGAGAGUGCAGUCUCCAUGACCAUUCAGUCCUGAAAGGCUUCAUCCAGGCCAGUGACACACAGCUGGACAAGCUGCAGAAAGAUGCCAAGGCAGCAGAGGAAGCCUUCAACAGUGUGGUGAACUACUUUGGAGAGAGUGCCAAGACGACUCCACCCUCAGUGUUCUUCCCUGUAUUUGUGCGCUUUAUCAAGGCCUACAAGGAUGCAGUGGAAGAAAACGAACAGAGGAAAAAGCAGGAGGAAGCAAUGAGGGAGAAGUUACUGGCUCAAGAGGCUAAACAGCAUGAUCCCAAGGUCCAAGCCCAAAAGAAGAGGCAGCAGCAGCACGAGCUGAUCGCAGAGCUACGCAGACGGCAAGCCAAAGAUCACCGGCCCGUGUAUGAGGGCAAGGAUGGCACUAUUGAGGACAUCAUUACAGUACUGAAGAGCGUGCCCUUCACAGCCCGCACUGCUAAACGCGGCUCACGGUUCUUCUGUGAAGCCAACCUCUGUGACGACGCCAACUGCUAGCCCUCCCCCCCUUAAUGCCAAGAUCUCCGAAACCAGCCUUUCCGGCGAGCUGACGCAUUGAUGCGGUGUGGUUGGAAGAGACCCUAAACCACUUAUUCAUCGCUUAUACUCCCCCUCCCCAUUAUAACCUUCCUCCCUGUAUCCCGAUGGUCCAUCUCAACCCUGAGGCUGCAGAUCACAAAGACUGACAAAGGGAGGGACAGGACAGAGCCCUUGUUUUAGCUGGGUAAUUUAUUUAUUUAUGGGGGCCCUUCACAGCCACUUAAAGUGAGCAAGGCAUCAUUACAGAAGCACAGCAGGUUACUCCUCUGUCACUGCAAGCACGUGACUUUGCCUGCACUGGCACUGAGAGCUAGACCAGAAGGACAAGUACAUACACAGAGGUAAGGCGAGUUAAGGACUGGUGGACCACAAAGCAGGAAGAACACAAGCGCCUGCCACAUGGAUCUUAUCCCUGAGCCCGUGAAUUUCCUCUGAUAAUGCGGUCAUAGCAGGACUUCGACUGGGAGGCAGCCAAGGGAAGAUGGCAACUUUGCUGCUGGGACAUUUGCCUUCAAGACACUUGCAAAACCUUCUUCCAAGUAACAACAUUUCAAUAUUAUGAGAUAUUUGGGAAAUGUUUUCUGACAUUAAGCCAAAUCAACAUGUUCCAUUAAAACUGACAAUGGUUCAUUUCGAUUUCAGCCUCAUGUAUCUGGGAGGAAAGACCAUCGAGUCUACAUUACUGGUUUUUUUGGAGAGGCUAACAAACCAAAAUAUCUCAUGUUUUGCUUAAGAAGUGCCUUUUAUUGUGUAAACAGUGUUAAGCAUCAGCCAUAUUUCUUUUUUAAUCCUUCAUUUGUUAAAGGUUAUAUUUGUAUUGCCUUGUACUGUAACAUUUAGCCUUUUAAAACUGACAGUAUGUAAUAGUAUUCCCAACUUUUAAAGGCAUGGGAAAUGAUUAGUACAUCAGUGUCUCUAAGCUCAUAACAGCUGGCAUGAGUUUUCACGUCCUUGUGCCUCGUCCAAGUAGUUGUUGAAAACCGAAUGACUGAAUGUUAUUUUCCUCGACAACGCUUCCUAUCACAAUUUAAGUGACAUUUGGGAAGUGACAGAUGUAUGAAGAUGAUUCCAGAUGGAAUGGUGUUUAAGGGCCCAAAUGAUGGUAACCUGUUAUACAUGUAGACGUGGUGAUGGAUGGCGGAUGCUACCGUUCUUAAGAGGUCUUAUAGUUGAAGGUGUUCUCAAACGAGAUGAUCAGUUUUCUCCAAACUGCUGAAACCUACAGACUAGGUUCUAAUACGAUGUUGGCACAAAGGGAGGCACAUCUUGACACUAAAUUUGGCUAAACAUUGUAAGAGACACUAUUCAUUAACUGGACAUUUAUAUUAAUGUACAUUGAAACCAAGGAAUUUACUUUUUACAAAAAAAUGAACCAUGAAAUUGUCUGGUGACUGAAAGAUGACACUUGCUGUUUAAUAAACAAGAUGAAUAAUGUAACUACAAGAGUGAAGACUCAUUACAGUGCAGGCGUAUGGAAGCAAAGGCUGUUGGGCUUCUUUUUCUGAUGAAGCAAUAUUAUUUCUAGGCUACAUGUUAAUUAAAAAAAAACUUUAUAACUUAUAAUUUCUAAUGAACGCUAGCAAGAAAUAGUGAGGGACUGCGUUUCCUCUCCAUCUUUCCAAAUGACAGGCAGAGCCACCAUACAGUUCUACUUUAAAAAUCCAUUUAAUUUCUUAUAUCAAAAAGAAAUCAUAACAAAACAAUAAGAACCACAAAUAUCCGCGUGGAUUUUUGUCACUAAGAGAAUUUCGGCAACUGAAAAUGACUGUACUACUUUACAUGAUCGAGUAAAAAUCCAGCAGAGCAGGAAAAAAAACAAACAACCAAAACAAAGGAUGAAUACUGUUAACAAGCGAGGGGCAAAGCCACAGCAGAAGUGUGUGUGUGUGUGUGUGUGUGUGUGUGUGAGCACCAUGCAGAGCGAUAUGGCAGGUAUGGUUGAUAAGCCCAGUUAAAAGCAGCAGAGUGAGCAGUGACACACAAAGAGCAACACUUAAGAAAGCUUAAGACUAAAAACCCUGCUGACAGCAUUAGCAGCAAAGCAAAGGAAUUAUCCAAGGAAUGCUUAUCAGGAAGCUGAUCAGUCUCCUUCCUCGGAAUGCACUUAACAGUGAGCAAUUAACCUAAAUAACAUGUCAAUGUAAUUACACGGAACACAAAAAAGAAAACUCCCACAGAAGCACAUACCAUCAAAUGGUCUCCCUGGCCUUCCCUCAAGGUACAUUUACAAUCAAAAGACGAACAGAAGCUAAAUGUAACCACUCAACUAUGUAUUCAUUGCAGAUUGUUUUACAGUGAUGACUGGAAAUUUACAGAAACUUGACAUCACUCCCAAAAAACCUUUCUAAAACACAGAGCAAAAUCCAGCUCCUGUCAUGCAGUUGGCAAAACCAAGGCCACGAAUAUCCAUCCCAGGCUUUUCCUUCUGGAACGGGGACUUUAUUACAAUCAUCUUCAUCCAGCGCACUCACACUGCUAUUAACUCAUUCAUUGCUGAAACAAAGUAUGUCAAUUAUACAAUGACUUUAGAAAAAAAAAAAGUUAAAAAGUACAGAUUGCUAUUGUUACUGAUGUUUGUAUUCCUGGGUAUAUUUUCAAGACACUUUGUUAAUAGGUUUAUAUAUGCAAAUAUAUAUAACUUUAAUCUGUGCAAGGAG